UUGUGGCAGGAGAAAGUAACGAUGUCACCUGAUUGGGACUGAAAGAACUUUGGUAAGAGAAAAAAAAAAAAUCUCCCCACCCCCACAGAAGAGGAGACCGCCCACCACAGACAGUCAACCCGAGACCCCUUAUAGAUUUAAAAAGAGAGGCUGCAUUCUCAGACUGACACUUAUUCAACACUGCCACCUUAAGCAGAUUACUUUUUUUUUGCGCUGCCCGUGUGUCAGAUACGCGGUUGACUUUGCCUCCCCAUCAUGUUCAGGAUGCUGAGACACCAACUCCACCCGGGCGUUUUUCUCUUCUUCGUGUGGUUUUGUCACCUCAUCGGACAUCAAAAAGUUCAAGCUGGGAACUGCUGGCUGCAGCAGGGGAAGAACGGGCGGUGCCAGGUGCUCUACAUGCCCGGAAUGAGCAGGGACGAGUGCUGUCGAAGCGGACGACUGGGGACGUCCUGGACCGAAGAGGACGUCCCUAACAGCACUCUAUUUAGGUGGAUGAUCUUCAAUGGCGGAGCCCCCAAUUGCAUACCUUGCAAAGGUGGAGAAACGUGCGAUAAUGUUGACUGUGGACCCGGGAAGAGGUGCAAGAUGAACAGACGGAGUAAGCCGCGCUGUGUGUGCGCACCAGACUGUUCCAACAUCACCUGGAAAGGACCGGUCUGCGGCUCAGACGGGAAGACCUACAAGGACGAAUGCGCAUUGCUGAAGGCUAAAUGUAAAGGUCAGCCCGACAUCGACGUGCAGUACCAAGGAAAAUGCAAGAAAACGUGCCGUGACGUCCUGUGCCCGGGCAGCUCCACAUGCGUGGUAGACCAGACUAACAACGCAUACUGUGUGACGUGUAAUCGGAUUUGCCCCGAGGUGACGUCACCUGAGCAGUACCUGUGUGGCAACGACGGGGUCACCUACGGCAGCGCCUGCCACCUGAGGAGAGCGACGUGUCUCCUGGGCAGAUCUAUCGGAGUGGCCUAUGAGGGGAAAUGCAUCAAAGCUAAGUCGUGUGAGGACAUCCAAUGCAGCGCUGGGAAGAAGUGUUUGUGGGAUGCUCGCAUGAGCCGAGGCCGCUGCUCACAGUGCGAGGAGACCUGUCCGGACAGCAGGAUGGAUGAGGCGGUGUGUGCCAGCGACAACACCACGUACCCAAGUGAAUGUGCCAUGAAGCAGGCCGCCUGCUCGAUGGGCGUCCUGCUGGAGGUGAAGCACGCUGGUUCUUGCAACUGUAAGUAAAAUCAAGAGAAGAAAGGUGCGAAAAGUAUGAAAAAUGUCAAUCAAACAACCCCAACGAGCAAAAGACAAUACUCUGUUAUGCUCCCCCACCCCCUCCCUCCCCCGAAAUCCUACGACAGCUACACCACCAAGUACGGCUUGAGCAAGCAGAAAGGUCUUGGGCAUGGAUGGACUUGCGUUAUGUUGUCUUUGUUGCUGGCUUCUGUUCUUGUGUUCUUGUUUUUUUUUUUUUUAACUUUUUUUUCAAUCAAUCGUACUUCAGAACAAAAUCAGAGAGAGGUGAAAAACAUGUCUAUUACUCCACAAAUAUGGAGAAAAAAACCUAACUUGAUGCUGAACUGAAUGGGGAAAAAACAAAACAAAAAAACAAACAAAAAAAAACUAAAGACGCUCUUGUUGUGUUUGCAGUGGAACAAUCCUGAUAUUAAAACUAGUUACGACUAUGGCCAUGUGAGUGAAUGGCAGAAACAGGUCUGCCUUAAAGCCCUCAGUACAGGGGUGUCAAACAUACGGCCCGGGGCCCAAAAUUGGCCCGCUUGGCAGUUCAGUCCGGCCCGCAUUAUGAAUUUUGAAAAUGAAAAAAAUAUACUUUAUCUUCAGGAUAUUUUUUGAAAAAUUCAAUUUCAUUAAAUAUGAAUACAUAAUAAUAAUAAUAAUAUAUCUAAUAUACUUGUAUGUGUUUGCAUGAAAACAAAGUGGAAAAACAUGGACUUGUGCUUUAUAGUUUAUUAUGAACAUGAUUACACUGGGGUUAAUUGUACUGGUCCGGCCCACAUGACAGCUAAUUAGGUUGCAUGUGGCCCUUGAACCAAACUGAGUUUGACACCCCUGCCUUAGCAGUUUCUUUUAAUGAGCGGUGAUUUAUUUCCCGGACGACGGUCACAUCUUUGCAACUCGUCAAUUCCUUGUUCACCCUUGGUGUCUCUGUGGUGAUGUCGUGCUUGUGUUUAAAUCAACUUCUUUUGGCUGAAAUCAAUCAAUCAAUCAAUCAAUCAAUCAGUCAAUCCAAUUGAUGCACUGCAUCUCAUGACGUACGCGCCACUGCAUCCGAGAGAACAGAACCCUCUGACUUAUACUAACCUGAUGUACAUAAGGUGAUUGUAACAUUGGUGCCACAACCGUGACAAUGACUUUGAUGGACUUAAACCGCUGUAAUUCGAGUAGACUACCUAUCUGCAGUCCAGAGUGAGUCUUUAAUGCACUCACAAAUCUGGCGGUGAACUGUCAUAUUGAACAAUAGCCUCAAGGAAGUAUCAAAUUUACAUUCCAAGUCGCUAUGUCGAAGAAUGUCUCCCUGUUCGUUUCCCCUCUCCUGAUGGAGAACAUUAAUGUGAUGUGCCUAACUAAUGCAAUGGAAUCCAAGGGACCAACUUUAUGAUCACCUCAUGAUGCUAAAAAAUAAACGUGAUACUUUACGGCGAAAUGGACGAGCAACCGUGCUUUUCUUAUUUUUCAUUCUUAAUUUUUGCAUUGUCAGUCUGGCUUUUGCUUGUGUGCUUAUUUGUAAUUUUUUUUUUUUUGAAAAUCUCUUCUGUAAAAAAAAAAAAAGAAAAUACCUCAGAAUCGUCUUGAUUAUCUCUGACCUGCUUGCUUGGUCCAGGCUGUGACACAGAGUCCUCCCUCCCAGUACUUUUGAGCCAGGAGCUGAAAUCAUAUCCAGAGCAAAGAAGUACACAAAAAGUACUUUUUUGUGUAACAUGUGUCUGUUUACAGGAAUCGGCCAAAAAAACAACAAAAAACAACAAAAAACAGACUUACUUCAGAUGCGAUGCCCUCAUACACCCAGCAGGCAACUCUGCCCCAUUCCUAAUCUACAUCUCCAUCUUCCCAGUUUGUUCUCUUGUAACAGCCCUGACUUGCUUAACAAUGUAAAUGGAAACUACAUCAAUGGGAGUGCCAGAGUAAUUUAUACCACUGCGUCACACCGACCAUCCAUUAGACAUUAUAAUUCCAUUAGCGAUUAUAUUUCGGAACAUUUCAUAAAAUUCUACGCUGUUGUGGUCUGGGUUCUUGAAAAAAGCUACCAUACAAUUUUUUCCACGCAGUCUUAAAAAAAGACCAGGAGGUGGAUGGGGCAGACAAGGACUCAUGGCCUAUGUCCAUUAAUCCUCUGUACUGGACGACCAGACUCCCAUCAUUAGGGGAACAGUCCUAGGGCAAGGAAUCAUGUCCAUACUGUACAUUAUGUGUAUGCUUAUUUAUUUUUUAAAGGAAAGGAAGUAUACAUAUAGUUCAGUGUGCUAGAUGUUUAUUUAUACUUUUUUGUGUUUUUUGUGUUUUAUAAUUUAUACAUUUAAAAUGUCAGGCUUACUAUUUACCACGAUAUUAUUGUGUUACCACUCUUCUCCCCAUUUUUCUUUUGUUUUAUUGUUGUUCUCUCUGUCUUUCUUAACAUGAAGAAAUAUAUUUGUCCAAAGAAAAGCAGUGUUAUUUAUUUGUCAUGUUACCGUGUAAGCAUGAGUCCUCUGCAGGCUGUAAAUUGCAUUCCCUGAGCUGUAAAAAGAAUCUGCUUGUUUCUGUCAGAUCUCUAUCACAGAUGUUUAUGUCAGACAUACGUAAAUGCAUGUUUAGGCUGUGUGUUUAUUUAUUGGGAAUAUAUCGAUCAUUUUAUGUAAAUAAAUUGUUUCAGGUUUGUUUACAACUCAUAAUAACUGACCAAAGGGAUUUUCUCAAUGGUUUUUUUGGACAUAACAACGGCAGUGAAGAAAUGGGAGAGGAAAAAAAAGAGCCAUUUGUUUUUUCUUUUUCUAAUUAUGUUGUUUAUUGUCUCAGUUCCAGCCCUUUUGUUUUGGAUUUAUAAGGAUUUGUAAGCAUUUAUCUUUCACCACAUGAGAGCAGAGGUCAAAUCCGAAGACCCUUAAUUAUUUUGACGAUAAUGUGCCAUUAACAUACAGUAUGUGUGCUAUACUUUUGCCAAUGUGCUCCACAUUGCUCAUGUAGAGCUCAGAUAGAAUUAAUGUAGAUCAGUACCCAACAAUAUAUCAGAAUUCAUGACGUGAUUUAUUCUGUUUCUUGUGUUUGUUGUUUUGUUUCAGAAUGCAUUUUUAUUUUCAACAUCACAAGAGAAAUACAAAAUUCUGUUAUGAAUAUAUAGUUUUGUAUUUUUAUGUAAAUGUCAUAUGUAUAUACAAAGUUUGAUGGUAUUUGUACAGAUAUGAAGAGUGAAACAAUAAAAGUUUUUCCUUAUA